AAAAAAAGUACGCCAAAAAGUAAUAAGUACCGAAAAUAUGUAAAUUUUGUUGACGUCGAGAUUCUAUUACUGUUUUAGGAAUGCGACUUUCCAAAUUUGUAAGCUGAAAAAUGAACUAAAGUGCGGAUUGAAGAUUUUUUAUUACAAUAUAAAGGCCGGAUGCUUCUCACGUAAUUUGUUUCCUUAUAACUUCUUAGUUCUUUUAUAUCUCAAUAACAAUGAUCGCCCAAACUGUCUUCGCUGCUGCUAUUGUCGCCUCAGUCUCCGCUGGCUGGGAAUCAAAGACUGGUUCAUGUAACACCGGUUCUAUCCAAUGCUGUAACCUCAGCGAAGAGAAGGAAAUUAGCACCGGCAAGAACGAUGCUCUCAUCUCAACUGGUGAUAUUGCCUCCCAAGUUGGUGUCCAAUGUGACCAAAUUCCAGCCAUCAUUGGUGUCGCUAUUGAGGACGAGUGCAAGAACACUCCAGUCUGUUGUGAAGGCUUCGACAGUGAAGAACUCAUCGGUCUCGGCUGUGAUGCCCUCCCACUCAUCUAAGCUGAGUUUGAAACGAGUAUUUAUUGGGCAUUGUUGUAACUAUUUAUUGAAACAUUUCGUUACCCUUAAAAAUUUAGUGUCU